AUGCUGAGUGUAUUUAUUGUCCUCCACCGCCACCACGUCGCCGCAAGAGAGAACGCGACGCCAGUGGAACUGCGUUUCAGAAACGCGAGAAGUCAAUUCGACGAACGACACCGGAGCCUCCACGAGUUGAACAGCCCGACCAAAGGCCAUCACCGACAAGCGCUUCCGAAUGCUGCAGACGUAUUAGAUAAUACAUCUGAUGAUCGCAAUGAUGGUUUGUCCCAAGAAGAGGAUAUCAGUGAACCUAUGAUGCUCAUGGGGCUUGUGUCCCGAGAGAGUCUCACUGAACUACACCCAAACCCUUUGCAAAUAUUCAAACUAUGGCAGACAUUUCUCGAGAACGUCAACCCUUUGAUCAAAAUUGUGCAUGCACCAACGGUCCAGCAACAGAUAUUAGAGGCCACUGGAAAUCUCCCGAAAGUAGGAAAAGAGCUAGAGGCGUUGAUGUUUGCCAUAUACUGUAUUGCAUUGGUAUCUCUACAGGCCGACGAGGUUGAGCGGUCUUUUGGAGAAAGCAAAAAGAAGCUACUAUUAAGAUGCCGGCGAGGAGCGCAAUUGGCCCUGAGCAAGGCAUCGAUUCUUCGCACUUCAAACCUCAUGUCCUUACAGGCAUUCGUGCUCUAUCUAUUGUCUAUGCGUGCAUUCUCCGACCCACAUACCACCUGGACUAUGAGCGGUGUUGCCUCGCGAAUUGCUCAGAGAAUGGGAAUCCAUCGAGAUGGUUCUGGAUAUGGACUCGACGCAUUUGAAACUGAAAUUAGACGCCGGAUCUGGCUUCAAGUUGUGAUCAUAGAUUCGACGUCCGCGCAGUUCUGUGGGGUCGCUCCAAGCCCUUUGCCCGCUAAUACUGAUACCAAGCCACCCAUGAACAAUAAUGAUAGCGAUCUAGACCCGCGCAUGACUGAGUCGCCCUAUGAGAAGCAGGGUGCAACGGAGAUGAUGUUUUGCCUUGCUCGCAGCGAAUUCGGUAAAUGGCUUAGUCGCUGGAGCAAGGACGCAGGCCUGACCAAUUCGCCUUGGGCCUUUCUAUCCUCUUCAUCAAUGUCGCUUGAACAGAAGGAUAUUGCUAUCGACGAACUGGAGAAUAUUAUGGAGAAGAAAUUUUUACAGUUUUGCGACCGAUCCAUUCCUCUUCAUCUGGCUACUAUAAUGAUGGCCCGUUCAGCCAUACAUUACACGAGGUUAAUAGCGCACCACCCGCGGCAAUAUCGGGACCGCAAUGCUCGCAUUUCACAGGCUGAAAAGGACAUUGUUUUUGAAAACUGCCUGAAGAUGGCUGAAUAUGCAGAUCAUACUCAAACCAAUCCCGACGUCCAGCGGUUUGGGUGGCACACGGUGCACCACAUGCCCUGGGAUGCGAUGAUUUUCAUGUUGUCUGAAAUGGACACCCGGAAAGAUCCAGAGGAGAAAGAAAAGGUAUGGAAAGUUGUCGGGAAUAUUUAUUCCCGUCAUGUUGGACAAAGGCGCAAAACUACUGGGAUGCCUCUUCACCUGGCCCUGCAAAAUCUCAUGGUCAAGGCUUGGAAAUCGUACACUAGGGAGUGUCAGAUCCAGAACCGUGCCCCAACAACCUGUCCGACCAUGAUAACUACUUUAAUUGGCAAGCCCGAAUGUGCCACCGAGUCACAAGUGACACAAGGGGAUUCUAGUUCGAUCCAGCAAAUGAAUGACCCCAUGGGAUUCCAUCACGACGCAUCAAUUUUACAACCUGACGACAACAGAAAUUUCGAUUUUUCAUUUGAGGAUACCAGCACAUUGGACUGGAACGAGUGGGAUGGCCUUUUGAAUCAGUUCCAAGAAUCACUAAUGGACGAUAUGGUCCACUUCACAAAUCUGUGA